AUGCACACAGUUGAAACUGCCUUGAAGAUCACAUGGAUAUAUUCCUUUUAACGGAUUACAAUUUGGAUAGACUUCUGAACUCUGGUAACAACUUGGAUGGCCUUUUACGUAAUAAAGCUGUGGAAUUUUCGUAAAGCUUUUUAAAACUCGUGACUGUUUUAAGCUGUUGAGAGUUUUUGCCGACCUGAUGAUCUCAUCGUUAUCAUUGGUGCAUUCACACCUCAAUGGACCAAGAGGACGUGGAAAGGGACUCUCCAGUCAAAGUGAAGACAUUAAAACGUUAAUUGCUAGAAACUUGAGAACUUAAAACUCUUCUUGUGUUAGCUGUCACGUUAGGCUACUCUCUCAGGGUCGGUGAUUUGAAGAAGUAGAGCUCGAGUAGAACUCGUUUUAGUCCUUUGGGGUAAACGUCAAAAUCAUUAGUUGCUACAAAAGUUAUUGAGACACUCGAACUCCGUCAUGGUUGGAAGAAUGCAAACAGAGGGUCCUACCCCUACAUUUACAGUGAAGUUUUUGGGGGCUGGAGCAGCGGGCUGUAUCGCUGACCUGUUCACCUACCCUCUGGACACAGCCAAAGUGCGAUUACAGAUCCAAGGAGAGAACGUAUCCAACGAUGCGAAAAAGGGCAAGUACAGGGGUGUGUUUGGCACACUCGCAACCAUGGCGAGGACAGAGGGACCAAGGAGCAUGUACAAUGGCCUGGUGGCCGGCUUGCAGAGACAAAUGAGCUUCGCCUCGGUCAGCAUCGGACUCUACGACUGGAUGAAGGAGUUCUACACCGGCGGCUCUGACCAUGUCACCUUCACUACCAGGGUUCUGGCUGGAUGCACCACUGGAGCCCUGGCCGUGGCCUUUGCCCAGCCCACAGAUGUGGUCAAAGUCCGAUUUCAGGCUCAAGUCGGACGUGCCGACGGCUCCAAGAGGUACAAUGGCACCAUGGAUGCCUAUAGGACCAUUGCAAGAGAUGAGGGAGUCAAGGGACUCUGGAAAGGUUGCCUUCCAAAUAUUGCACGCAACUGUAUAGUGAACUGUGCCGAGUUGGUGACCUAUGACAUCAUCAAGGAACUCAUUCUGAAGUAUGACAUAAUGUCUGAUAACUUGCCGUGCCACUUCACGGCUGGCUUUGCCGCUGGUUUCUGCACCACCGUGAUGGCCUCCCCAGUGGACGUAGUGAAGACCAGGUUCAUGAACUCUGCUGAUGGGCAGUAUAAAGGAACUCUGAACUGUGCUUUCAUCAUGCUGAAAAAGGAAGGACCCACAGCCUUCUAUAAGGGGUUCAUACCAGCUUUCCUGCGUCUGGGCUCAUGGAACAUUGUGAUGUUUGUCUCCUAUGAACAAAUCAAGAGGAUUGUGACAAGAAACCAGCAGUCCUGGGAGUCCCCUUUCUGACCUCUCAUAAACCAGGGGAUGUGUUCUGUCCCUUCCUAACCGCAUGUGCCUCUGUGUGAGGUCAUGACACUGGUCAAGUCACUGACUGACUUCUGGCAUUGGGGGCCAAGCACAGGGCCAUUGAGUCUGUGGACGUGGAGUGUAAUAUGGAUCCGAACUAUACUAGAAUUAUACCUCCAUUUGUCAAGUCUUAAAGAUGUGGUCUCUUUUGAAGAAAUGCUAAAUGACCACAUUCCCUGUAAUUGCACUGUUGUUAUGCAAUUAAUUUAAUUUUACUUCAUUUUAAUUCAUAUUUAUUUAUUUAUUUAUUUAUUAGUUAUAGCACAAAGAUGAUGAAUAUGGUGUCAAGAGGUUUUACUGAGCUCACAGUCUGCAACCCCCUAGAACAAGCUCUGGUGAUGGGGGUCACAGGUCAACUACUUUUGAACAGGAAGAAAAACUGAGAAGAAUUCUGGAGUAGAAAUAAGUAGAAUAAUAGAGGGUGGAAGAAGAAAAAAGGGAGGAGUUCAUACACAUAUCAGGACAAGCAUAAUUGCAUACAUGCAACAUUAUGCAAACCAAACAUACAAACAAUGAAGAAGGGUCUAAUGGUUGAGGAAUAGCUCAGUGGGUAUUAGGUAAGAUGAUAUGGUCAAAGCAAUGAUUGCAGAAUAACUUGGUAAAUUAGUUGGAAAUUAGGUUAAGAUCAUUAGGUUACCAUAACAAGAAUUAGUAAAGCAACAAAAUUGAUAUUUAUGUCAACAAAGGCAUUUUGUUUAUAGUAUUGGUAAAUAGUUUGGAUUCUAGUCUGGAUUCUGUGAUUCUAGAUGUGAACAUAUCUGCUUCUCAGAUAUGGGCAGGAAGAUUAUUCUACUGGAGUGUGGGGCUCGAUAGCAGAAUGUUCUACCUUAAACGGAAACUGUGCUUUUUCAUACUCUUGGAAUCACAAGACAACCUGCAUCUUUGAAAUUAUUUUAUUUAUUUGUAAAUAGUUGUAGUUGUGUUGAUUUAAUAGUGCCUUGAAAAUUCUGUGUAAAAAAAACAUGGUAAUGGAUGCAACAAUGUUCAUUAUGGGGUAUAGACCCAUACUGUACAUGGCAUUAAAGAUGACUGUACUGUA